CGCACUACGUCGAAACCAGCUUCGGGAAUUGAAAGUUACGAGUAAAAUCACAUAAGCAACAAAGUGUCAAGGACAGUGAUUUACGUUAAGUUUGUCGCCAGUUGUACCGCGUGUCAAAUUAUUAACUUCACAAAAACAAAGUGUUGUGUAAUGAAAACAAUAAUUAUCAUUUUGUGACGCCGGUUGUCAGAAAAAUAGCACUUAUUAGUGACAAGCCAUCGCGACUGUAACGUAAUAACAAAAAUACGAAUUGUACUUCAGCUAACAUGUGACAACGAAUCGAUUGUUGUGAUAACCGUAGAAAAGUCAUUUCAACUGUACUGUAGGUAAUUUCGACAAGACACAGAUCGGUACAGAAACUGAUAACAAUUACUAUAAUCAACAUCCAAAAGUGAUCAAUUGUUAUGGCAACUGAUUGUUACAUACUUCAACUGUGUUUCGGAGAAAUGAAAGAAGGCAAAGUUGUUCAGUGAAUGCACAAUUUUAUUGCAUAAAAUUGACAAAUGAUUUAGCAACGAUUAUUAAAUUAACGACUGUUUUAAUCGCACACGAACAAUAUCACCAAAAAUGAGCGUGUCAUCGAGGUCACCACUCAUUGUCUUGCUCGCUCUGCUAGCAGUACCAUUAGCAACAAUAAAAGGUUCAUCAAAACUUAACAAUCACAAUUUAAUGCAAGAUGGUGAUAAAGUUCAACAAGGGAGAGUCUUGGAAUUGCUUGAUCAGUACGUGAUUCAUGUUGGUAAAGGGAGGGCGGACGAUCACACGGAGACUGUAGAUCUUCUGGAUCAAUAUGUGAUGCACGUGGACAGGGGGGCAGAUCUGGACCUGGAAGCAAGCAGAGGUUCUACCUUGGACGUAGAUCAUCAGCCAGGCGGUCAAAUUCGUGGACCAAGUGACAUCGUGAUACAUAAUUCUAAGGACGUGACAGAUCAGAAAAGUAAAAAGAAUCUCACUCAACAUUUAAAAUCGAAACGUGAAAAAGUUAGAGUUGACAAAUUAAAAACCCUUCGAGCGAUGGACCGUGUGAGAAGGAACCUUAGAGGAGUAGAAAAGGGUGAUAAACUAUUGAUAAAACCAAAGAAUCGUCUGCGAUCGAGACAUGAAAUUCGAGCUAAGAGAAGUCAAAGAAAGACAGACAGUCAUGUAGAAGAGGUGACAUAUUCGAACAGACCACACGAAGUCAGGAAACAGAACAGAGGUGAUGUUAUAGGACGGGCAUCGAAACCAGGACACAGGGCGAAGAGAAGUUUGGGAAAGACCAGUACAAGCAGGGCGGAGGAAAUUACCGAGGCAGAUUCUAGACAGAGGCAUAAUACUGAAGGUGGGAACAGUAUUGGUAACUCAGAAGAAGAAACUGGGCGAAAUUUAGUCUCCGUAACACACUCCGUGAAGCUGGACGAUUUGGUGACCUUGAGUUGGAAGGCGAUGGCUGGAGAAGACUACGUCGAGUUCCUGGUGGAGGCAGCUACUAAAGGCUAUGUGGGAGUGGGGUUCUCACCGGGUGGUGGAAUGACCGGAGCUGACAUCAUCAUCAGCUGGGUGGAUGACAACAGUGGAAAGAUAUACGUUGUGGACUCGUACGGACAGGACACAAAUGGAGCGCCAGUAGCUGACCCAGAGCAGGACUGCACCCUAGUGGGCGGACAUCAGAACGAGAGUCACACCGUGGUCAGAUUUCGGCGCGCUCUGGACACGUGUGACAGUACCCACGACUAUGUGCUGGGGGGAGACACUGUGCGAGUGAUAUGGGCGACGCACGACGCCGACCCGAUGCUGGACGGCGGGGAGUUAGUGGGGAUGACUUGGCACGGCAAGGAACACCGAGGGGUUCGCAGCCUGCAACUCCUGACCCCGCCCGUCAAGAAAGCGGCCCCACGCGGGCUCCAGACACAGAACUGGGACGUCACUCAACGAAACUUCACGGUUCCGGACAACAUGGACACCCUGUACUGGUGCAAGAUAUUCAAGGUGCCUUCACUCCAGAGGAAACAUCACAUUAUCGGCUAUGAGCCAGUGCUGCAACCCGGAAAUGAGCGCUACAUACACCACAUGCUACUUUACGAGUGUGUGGCACCUCACCAUUUUGCAUCCCUGGACUCCAUGUUCCAGAAGUAUGUGGAACACCCAGGAGAAUCCUGCUAUUCCAGCGCGAUGCCUACAGAAUGGGACCAGUGUAUGACCGCCAUCGUGGCAUGGGCCAUUGGCUCUCAAGGUGAAUUCUUGCCUGACCACAUAGGACUACCUCUUGCUGAUGGUGACAGAGCGAAGUAUUUCAUGCUGGAAAUUCACUACGACAAUCCAGGGUUCAGAAAAGUAAAGGACAACUCCGGUAUCAGAAUCCACUACACGGAGGACCUGCGUCAGUAUGAUGGCGGCAUCCUGGUGAAUGGAAUCACCAUCACGCCCCUUCACAUCGUGCCUCCGUACCAGCGAGAGUAUCGCACGGCAGGCUACUGCAGUUCACAUUGUACCCACAGAAUGUUCCCACAGACGGGCAUCAAGCUCGUGUCAGUGGUUCUGCACUCUCACCUAGCAGGCAAGAAGCUCAGGCUACGUCACAUCCGAGAAGGCCGCGAGUUACCGCGUAUCGCUGAAGAUGAUAACUACGACUUUAACUACCAACAGGCAAGAGUUCUUCCCGAAGAAGUAGCCGUCUUCCCUGGCGAUGAGCUAGUGACCGAGUGCGUGUACCAGACGCCCAACAGGACUGAGCCCACAUUCGGUGGCUACUCGACAAAAGAAGAGAUGUGCCUUGCCUUUGUGUUGUACUAUCCACGCACCCAACUCGCUGCCUGCUACAGUAUGACUCCUGUCAAGUACUUCUUUGAGACUUUCGGUGUUCGCGAGUUCUAUGACAUGGACAUGGACACAGUAGAGAAGAUGUUUCUCGAUGUAAUCCGCCCAGACAAUAAGCAAAGUUCGAACAGAGUAUCGGGGUCUACAGCUGCGACAACGACCAGCACAGCGCCCACUUUCCCAACUGGACCUACAGAUGCUCUGGAUGACGAAGCAAACAAACAGGCAAUCUCAAUGCUAAAGCAAAUGAAAGAAUUUGUGGUGAAGGAUGAAGACGGUAGCCAAGGAAGUUCUGGUGGGCUGUUCGGGGAGCUUGUUAUAAGCAAGCCAGAUGAGUUCCGGAACAGAAGCUUCACAUCUCAUCUGGUUGAGCUACCAUGGACAGAGAGGUUGCUCACCCAACGAGUAGAGGAGUCCUUGUAUGCUGGCAAGCACAUGGUAUUCUGCAGAAAGCAUGAUGACCAGCUUGCUAUUCCGUUGACCAUAACUUCAUUUCCCAACUUUACGGAACUGCCAGACGAAACCAAGAACAAGACAAAAUGUGAAGGGAAGAUCAGGAAUUUCUUGGGCAGUGGCAACACUGCUGUCUCUUCAAUUAAUGGCAUUAAUAACAUUAUACUCCUCCAGUUCACAAUCCAAAUAGUCGUUUUCAUCACAAGGUUUUGAGCAGCAGGCCUUAACACCAGCAACACCAGAAGUAUUGAGCUUCAAUAGACAACGAUCAGUUCUUGAGUUUCUAGUUAUCGAAAAAGGACGUAAACAUGUUCCAUAUUUCACAAAAACACUGGCAUUGUUUGCAGUUUUAUAAUAUUUAAACAGCUAGGUUAACGCCCGAACUAAAUAACGCUUCUUUCCACAAAUAAAAUUUUAUCCUAUUGCA